AUGUCGCAACGGCCCGUUCUCAUCACCGGCUGUAGCGACGAUGGCAUCGGCUACGGUCUAGCCCUAACCUUCCAACAACGAGGCUACCUCAUUUUCGCUACAGCCCGCGACAUCGAGGAAAUGACCAAACCUGAGGGGCUCCCAAAUGUCGCCCUUUCAUCACUAGACAUGACACAACCCGAUCACAUCGCUGCAGCUGUGAAAGCUGUCCGCGAGAAAGCCGGGGGUACAUGGGACUACCUCAUCAACAAUGCAGGCCGAAAUCAUUUCAUGCCCACUCUGGAUGAAGAUUUAAAUAAGACUCGGACGAUCUUUAAGACUAAAACUUGGAGACCGGUGGCAAUUACGCAGGCGUUUACGCCCGUUGCUCAUUAA